GAAAAAAAUAAAAUUAGGAAAGAAGCAGAUUUGCUUUGCUUUGCUUGCUUGCUUCUCGAUAGGACCCUCUCUCUCUGCAUGCAUCACCUCAUCUUCUUCAUUCUUUAAUCAAAGUUUAAAUCUUUUCUCUCUGGGUCUUGCUGGGAAGUAUCUAAAUCAGUUGAAAUGCUAACCCUUUUCUCCUCUUCUUCUCUAUGUUUCAUGGUCGCUCCAGCAAAACCCUAAAACUAGUAUACUCUCGAUUCAGCUCAAAGCUCCCACCUUUACACUUUACUGAACCUCUUGUGUAAUAGAUUGGUGUAAGCUAAGGCUUAGAGGAUGAUAAUAGCGAAGCAGUACCGUUGUGUUCACUCGGCGACUUGUCAUUGCACGAAAGGACAUCUUAGUGAAGAAGUACUGUUCCUUAUGGUUCAGCAUCUUAACUGGAACCCUAAUGUAAUCGCCACUCUGUCUUGUGUCUGCAAAUGGUUUGAUGAUCUUGCUAAGAGACUACUGUGGAAAGAGUUCUGUAGAGCCAGAGCGCCCAAGAUGAUGUGUGAUCUCCAGUCUAGUGGUAGCCACAGUGUUGAUGGUAGUUGGAGAGCUCUUGGGAAGCUUUUGAUUUACUGCUCAGGUUCAAGUAAAGGUGGGCUCUUUAGCGAUGUUCAAGUCCCUGGUCACUUUGUUCACAGGACACGUUUCUCUAGAACUUCAGGAAGGAGCUUCCUCCCUCCCCAGUGUCGAAACGAUGACAUUCUGUAUGUUUCUGACCCUUGUGAGCAUUUGGACCAAGGAGGAGAAGAUGGUGAUUUGGGUUUCUUCCGUGGGAUCUUCAAAUCGUUUUCGAUGUCAAAGGUGAGGAAGCUGCUCAUCAGGAAAGGGACGUCGUUUCAUCCCACAGAGGUUUGUCCUUAUUGCAAAGCGAAGCUGUGGAGUAUGCUUCAGGCGAGGAUGAUACCACAGAGCGCUAGCUGUAGAUUGGGGGCUUAUGAAGACAGCAUUGAGUAUUAUGUUUGCCUCAAUGGGCAUAUGCUUGGAGUUUGUACACUCUUACCUUUGUCUGAUUCUGAAGGAGCAUCAGAGGUUCAGUGACUCUAUACAAGUUGCUUGAAGCUGUCGUUAAUGUAUUUUCUGCUGGUGAAUUGUUGUUACUGCUAGACUUGGGUCAUCACUUUUGCAUAGAGCUGGUGUGAAGUUGUGGCAACUUCAGAUUCUCAGUCUUAUCAUUGUUGUGCAAACUAUUUAUUGUCACAGUUCAUGAAUGUGUAUGAACAACAUUUGCUUGUGCUAAAUUUAUCAUUAGUUGACCCAAAUAAA